AACAUUGAACUACAUAACCAAAAUAUAACCCAAAAAUAUCCGUGUUUGUGUUUAUGUUGUUAUGAUUAGAAAAAGUGUUUUAAUGUAAUUUGUUAUCUAAAAUGCAGAAUUUAGAAGUGUUUAUGAGUGAUAUCCUCCCUCUUCUUGCGAAAAUAAAUAAACAGCCUAAUAUUCGUGAGAUCCAGAUGCUCAAUGAGCUCCUUGGGAAGUCCAAUGAUGUAUUUGCCGGAAAGAUUUACAGCAACAUGCUCCUUCCAAUUCUCUCUCAAAUCGAUUCCCAGGAGCUUCGGAAUAAACCAGAGAUUAAGGAGCAUCUUAUAUCGACAAUUAACAAUCUCCUGAAGAGGAUAACUGUGGACAAAGUUGAUUGCUUCAGCACGAUUCUCAUAGUUCUCCUGAAGCAGAUCUAUGACUUCCAGACUGGGAGCCUGGUGAAGUCCUCUGAGGAAAUGAAAUUUGCGGUUCUGGAAUGUGUGAAAACCCUCUCAAUCCGGACUUCAAAGGACGUUAUUGAGAAAUUCUUUAAGCCUAAAAAUCGGAAAAUCGUUGCGAAUUUGCUUUUUUGUUGCGUUCAAAUUGUGGAGCAGGAAGGCUUUGCAGGAUUGAAGAUUUCUUCAAUAAGAUGCAUCCUGAGCUUCCUGCAGAUUGAUGAUGAUUCUGAUGAAGAUGAUGUUGUUCUCAGGAGUGAGAUUGCUGAUGUUAUCUACAUGCUACUGCCCAGAAUCCUCAAAUGUCUCAUGGAAACUGCCCUCAGAGACACAAUCAAAGGGCAUCUGGUGAUAGCUCUGAGUAUCAAAGCCAUUGGCAGGAUAAUAUGCCUGGUUCUGGAAAAUAAUGAACUGGAUCUUGAGGAGAAGAUGAUCAAUCUUGAGGAUUUUCGCAAAAUGAUCCUAGAAGACAGCAGCAAAGAUUCAGGGAAUUCGGACAUUCUGAAGGCUCCCCUGAGUGGAAUUCCGGAAGAUAAAAUUCUAAGGAAGGAUCCUCAGUGGAUCAAUGCUGUGUCCAAGAAACUAAAACCCUUCCUGGCCAAGUUGAUCAUCUUCGCGCAAAACGACCAUGUAAAAGUUCGCAAAAAGCUACUGAAAGGAUCUGCAAUCCUCCUGAAGAAGUGCUCAAAAACCCUUCCGGAUUGCCUUCAGAGCCUUCUAGAAGUGAUCUUUGUCAUGUCCUUCGAUGAAGACAAUUCCAUUUCUAGUGAAUCCAGAGAAAUUAUCCGAUCACUAAAGUCUCAUCCGAGAUACGAAGAUUUUGUGAAAAAUGCAGAAGCCACAUUGAAUUCAGUUCUCCUGACCCUGCCUCAGAGCAUCCUCCGGGAAGAUGACCACAUGCAAAUCCUCGGAUUGACUUUGCUAAAGGGCUCCUUGGACUUUAUUCCUCCGAAUGAUCUUCUGACCCUGAUUUCUGAUGAAUUAUUCUUGGAGAAACUCUCAACUGUGAUGAUCCUUGGAGCCGAAAUCAACACGAAGCAGGAGGAUUUGCUAGCUGAAAGUAUUACAAAGGGACAUCCCUGGAGGACUCCCAAAUGGCUCAGCAACAAAAAAUCCCAAGAAAUCUUCGAGGAAUUGUGCAAAUCCUUCAACAAACCGGAAAUUAUUGAGAUAAUUUCCAGGCAUUUCUUGGGAAUUUUCGAAUUAAGGACUCAGAAAAGCAAUGAAGUCCUUCUGAUCCUCAACAAUUUAAUAAGAAGCGAAGAUUUGAAAGGGUCAGAAAGCACCUGGAAGAUGGAAUUCCUGACUGAAGUCAUGAGAGAUAUUCACUGGAAUCUCUCCUUGCAAGUUCCCGGAAUCUUGACAGAAACAUCCGGAGAAGAAUUUCUGACAAUUGAAGAUGUCAAGUUCAACAUAAUCCAUUCCUGCCUUAUCCUGGAAGCCAUUGGACUCUGUGCUCAGAAACUGAAGACUCUCUUUCACCCUUUCCUCUUCAAGACCUUCCACAGAGUCCUGGCCAAAGCAGGAAGUUCCAAUUCUUGCGUUAAAGCAGCAGCUUUGGGCGCUCUUGAGGACAUGAAGGCAUCCUUCAAUUUAGCCACAAUCGAGGAAUUUGUCAACCUCAAUUCCGAUUACAUCAUUUUCUACGUCAACAAAUUCCUGCGGAAGGAUCAUUCUUACGACGAUGGACUAGGAAUGUUGCAGAUUAUCCUCGAAUACAGCUCUAAAGAUUCCAGUACCCAUUUCUACCUGGAAACUAUCCUAAACUCCCUCCUUCAAGACAGCGCAAAAGUCAAAGAUCAAUCGAGGCUAAAAGCCCAUUUCAGGAUCUACCAGAUCUUCCUUACCAAAAUUAAACAUCAAAUCAAAGAGGAAGACCACUCCCAAAACCUCGAAAUAACUUCUGAUGACAUCCUGGAAAAAUGGCUAGAGAUCUGGAAUCAAAAUGAUCAAAUUGAAGAGGAAGAAGUUGAAGAAAACAACGAACCAGAAGAUCCUGAUCCCAAGGAACCAGAAUCCAUUCCAAGCUACAUCAAAUUAACAGAAAGCAUCCUAAAACUCGUUUUAAAGCACAUUUCUUCAAAGGACCAACAUUUAUCCUUGCUGUCCCUUGAGCUUCUGACAGAAGGACUGCUAAUUUUGAGGCAGAAGGAGGAGAAACUUUUGCCUAUUGUCCAUCUCAUUUGGUUCCCUCUGACUGAAAAAUUCAAAUGCGAAAAUCCUGUGAUCCUAAGGCAAUGCUUCAAACUCCUUGUUAUCCUCGCAAAAACAUCCAAAGACUUCAUUCACAAUCGAACCCUUUCGGAUGUCAUCCCUUUGAUCAACAAGUACCUCACUGAUGUCGCCAAAAAGUCUCCGGGAAAUGCUCAACAGGGAUUGUACACGCAUACGCAGGAAUUCAAGCUGAUCCACACGAUUCUCUCCCAAUAUGGCCAGCUGAUCUCUGCCAUUGAAUUGAAAGAGAAAAAUCUGGAUGAUUGCUUAAGCUGUUCCCUGAGAUUUUUGGACCGAAAUCAACAUGAAGACAUCCAAAAAGUUGCUCUUGAAUUUUUUAAAUCUCUUUUACGCUACGAUAGUCCUAUGAUCUACUUAAAACUCCACAAAUAUGAGAGAAUACGGGAGAAAUUGGAAAUAAAUUGAAGAAAUUAUUAAAUAAAAUGUUUAUCAAAAUAAA